AUGCCCCGGCGACUCGCGCGGACCAUUCAGCGGACAUGCUGCGUUGCGGCGACGUACGUGCCGCUCGUCUUCGUGUACGGAUUGACGACGUGGGCAAUUUGGAUGGUGGUGGAGAUGGGAUUCAAGGCUCCCGAGGCGAGCUGGCUGGGCACCGGAUCGUCCACGGUCGGCGUCGUCUUGUACGUCUUGCUCAACUGGUCCUACACCACGGCCGUCUUCACGGACCCGGGCUCGACGACCAACUCCAACGGCUACGGCCUCCUGCCCACCGCGCAGCAGCAUCGCGGCCCUUGCGCCGCAUCCUUCACCGUCAAGAGCAAUGGCGAGAUUCGAUACUGCAAAAAGUGCCAGGCUAGGAAGCCGGACCGCGCGCACCACUGCUCGACGUGCCGGCGCUGCGUGUUGAAGAUGGACCACCACUGCCCCUGGCUGGCCACCUGCCUCGGGCUGCGCAACUACAAGCCCUUCCUGCUGUUUCUGGUCUACACGACCCUGCUGUGCUUGUACGCGUUUGCCGUCAGCGGCACCUGGGUGUGGUCGGAGGUGGUGCAGGAGGAGCGCGCGCAGCAGCAGCUGGACGACCUGCUCCCGGUCGGCUUCAUACUCCUGAGCGCCCUCAGCGGCAUCAUGGGCGUGGUCAUUGGCGUCUUCACCGGGUGGCACGUGCUGCUGGCCACGCGGGGGCAGACGACGAUUGAGUGCCUCGAGAGGACGAGGUACCUGUCGCCGCUGAAGCAGCCCUACCACGCGGCCCACGACCCGGCGAACCGGCUGCCGCAGGCUGCGCAGCAGUUUGUCGACUUUCACGCAAACGCCCUGCCGGGCAUCACGCGGCCGGAGGAAGGCGAGGAGGAGCAAAGACCAAGCGCGGGCGCCGGCGCGGGCCCGCUGCCGCUGCCGCUGCCGCUGCCGCUGCCGUCGCCGUCGCCGUCGCCGUCGCCGUCGCUGUCGUGGGAGGAAAGGGAGAGACGCCAAGGUCGCCGGCGCUACGAGGAGUACCUGGACGAGCAGGACUCGACAAAGCUGCCCAACGCGUUCGACCUCGGCUGGCGGCGCAACCUGCUCCACCUGCUGGGAAGCAACCCCUGGCUCUGGGGCCUGCCGAUAUGCAACACCACGGGGGACGGGUGGUCGUGGGAGGCCAGCCCCAGGUGGCUCGAGGCGCGGGCGCGCCUCUCGCGAGAGCGCCAGGAGCAGCGCGCCCGAGAAGUCAGCGCGGGAUGGGGGCUCGACGACGCCGCCCCGUCGUACGCGCCGGGGCCCCCCGCCCAGCGCGGCCUCAGCCUCAGCCUCAGCCUCAGCAAGGCGGACCGCAUCCUCGGCCGCGACGCCAACAUGUACGCCGACGGAUCGCAAAGCAUGCCGAUGCAGCGCCUCAGCGCAAAGGGCCGAAGCCUCGACGACGAGCUCCUCGACACGGACGACGAAGACGCCGCGCAGGCGCCAGCCCCCAGGGCCGCUGACGACGACGACGACAACAACUACGACAACAACAAGAACAGCAGCAACAACAGCAACAGCAGCAGCAGCAGCAGCAGCAACAGCAGCGACACCAGCGCCCGACGCGCCGCCCCCGACGGCAGGCUCAACGGACCCAAAGGGCGGGCGUGGACGCGCGGCGGCGCGAGCGGCAUGCUGCGCAAGCCAGGCCCCAAAGGCACAUUCGGUGGCAGGGCGUCCGUCCCCGACGAGGGCGUAGAUUGA